AUGGCACCCAAAAACAUCAACCUUGGUCUCUUCUUGACAUUCAUUUCUUUUCAGUUUCACAUUUCUGCUGCACAAAGUUGGGUUCGUUCUGGUUACUGGUUAGCGGGCAGCGGCUUCCCUGCCACUCAGAUAAAUGCAGCAUUGUUCACACACCUUAUCUGUGGAUUUGCUGAAGUAGACAACUCCACAUACCAACUCUUCAUCCCUUCAAAUUAUGCACAAAACUUCACCACCUUCGCCUCGAAAGUUAAACUCAAAAACCCUUCAGUUACAACACUAAUGUCUAUAUGGAAUGGACAAGCCAAUACUGGUCAAUCCAUUAGUGAUAACAAGGUUAACUCUUCACUAUUGUCUUCCAUGGUAGCACAGCCAUCUUAUCGGAAGUCCUUUAUUGAUUCAUCGAUAAAACUAGCUAGGCUUCAUGGGUUUCAAGGCAUAGACUGGUUUUCGCUAUGGCCUAAUAGUACAGACUUGUCAAGUGUUGGAGUUCUGUUAGAAGAGUGGAGGGCUGCUAUUGCUUCUGAGGCUAGAAAUUCUAAUGAAUCAGAUUUGGUAUUGACAAUGGCGGUACGUUACUCGCCAAGUCUUGAUUCAGUGAGUUAUCCGAUAGAUAUGAUGAGGAAGAAUUUGGAUUGGGCACAUUUGGUGGCAUAUGACUACCAUAUACCUUUGAAGGAGAAAUUUACAGGCAACAAUGCUGCUAUGUAUAAUCCUACAAGCAAUGUCACCACUGAUUUUGGUUUAAAGCAAUGGAUGGGUAUGGGAAUGUGA